AUGGCUCAAAGGUCAAACCAGGCCCCCUACAAACGAACCGACGCCAGAAAUCCAGCCGCCGCCGCAGACAACCCGCCGAGCCGCCGUGGUGCCGGCGAGACAAAUGGAAGCCUCCACCAGAGGGCUGAGCCGCCUCGCCGCCACCACCCACAGCCGGAGCAGCACCCACGUCGGGCCAGUGCCCCAACCCGUGCCGCCCACAGCCGGAGCAGCAGCCACGCCGGGCCAGUGCCCCAACCCAUGCCGCCCACCGGAAAACGCCAGAUCCGGCCGGCACGCACCGCCACCAAGCCGAUGUUGCGCCGGUCCCCUCACUGUCAGCAGCCUUCGGGACGCGCCGCCUGCCGCCCUCACCGCACGAGCCCCAUCGCGCCAGAUCCGCCGCCACGACUGGGCCCCGCGCAACCCACCACCAGCCGUGCUGUCGGCCACGCGACCACCACCCAGCGCCGCCGGCACGCCAGGCGACGUCGCGCCGCGGUGCCCACGCCGUGCCCCCAGCCGAAGAGAAGGGCCCGCGCCGCUCCUAUGCACGCGGGGGAACCAGAAGGCCCCGCUGCCGUCGGCCCGGGCGAGCUUUGCCCGGCCAGGCCCUCUGGCGGCGGCGGAUGA